GGGGCCGCUCCCGCCCCUUCCGGCCGCCGCCGCGAUGCCCAUGAAGGGCCGGUUCCCGGUCCGGCGGACCCUGCGCUACCUCAGCCAGGGCGACGUCGUGUUCAAGAGCGCGGUGAAAGUGAUGACCGUGAACUACAACACGGCAGGAGAGCUGAGCGAGGGCGCGAGAAAGUUCGUGUUUUUCAACAUCCCCCAGAUCCAGUACAAGAACCCCUGGGUGCAGAUCAUGCUGUUCAGGAACAUGACCCCCUCGCCCUUCCUCCGGUUCUACCUGGACAACGGAGAACAAGUUUUGGUUGACGUGGAAGAUAAAACCAACAAAGAGAUAGCAGCGCACAUUAAAAAAAUCCUGGGGAAAAGCAAAGAAACGCUUGAAAAAGAGGAAAGAGAAAGGAGAAAACUAUCACAUCCAGCAACUUUUGGGCCCAAGAAGUAUCAUCUGCGAGAAUGCAUGUGUGAGAUUGAAGGCCAAGUUCCCUGCCCUGCUUUUGUGCCACUGCCCAAAGAGAUGAGGGGAAAAUACAAAGCUGCUAUGAAAAAUGAAGCAUCAGCCUGAUGAGUCAAUGCAGCUGUUUUUCCUCAGGGCUGGAUGAUGAAGGUGCUUCAGUGAGACACAAGAGCUCAUAGGUCCUGGAAACAGGAACAAGCAAGUUCAUUCAGUACAGACAACCCUGCCUCAUAAAUCUUCUUGCAACCACAACUAGAAUAAUUCAAGUGAAAAAUAAAUAAAAGUUAAAACCACA